AGUCAGUCAAAGCCGUGGAGAGUUCAGUUGAGAGCGGACUGAAGGCGGAGUGCGGCUCGUUUCAGCUUUGACAUGAGAAAGUCGUUGAGUCUGUCCUCUGAGGGAUCCCUCCCUCCGCUGGACGAUGAUGUGGACUCGGUCUGCUCCGACGAGCUGCUCGGCUCUCAGUCCCGGCGCUGGCUGGCGGACCUCCUGAGCGGAGACAUGCCUCCGGAGAGCGCGGACGUCAACACGGUGGGCCGGGACGGACUGUUCGUGGACUAUCACUUCCCCCUCGGCGAGCUGGAGAUGCAGGCCAACGUCAAGUGGAAACGACCAAAGGAGCUCUGUGCUUCCCCUCAGUUCAUAGUCAAUGGAGCUACGCGCCUGGACGUCCGCCAGGGAAAACUCAAUGAUUGCUGGUUCCUCUCUGCUAUCGCAUCUCUCUCUGUGCAUCGCUCCCUGCUCGAGAAGGUCGUGCCUCUGGGGCAGAGCUUCCAGGACGGAUACAACGGCUGCUUCGCCUUCAGGUUCUGGCAGUACGGUGAGUGGGAGGAGGUGCGGAUAGAUGACCUGUUGCCGACUCAGGACAACAAUCUGAUCUACCUCAGCUCCCCUGACAGACAGGAGUUCUGGAGCUCCCUGCUGGAGAAGGCCUACGCCAAGCUGAAAGGUGGCUACAGAGCCCUGGACAUGGGCUUCCCUCAUGAGGCCAUGGUUGAUAUGACGGGCGGGGUGGCUGAGGUUUUGAGCGUCUCCUCGCUGCCCCGAGACCUGCCGGCCUUUCUCAGACACCUGCUGGCCAGAGGGGCGCUCAUCAACUGCGCCAACUGCCAGGGUCCUUUGGAGAAAAGGAAUGAGUUUGGGAUCAUGUUCAGACAUGCCUACUCUCUGACUGCGCUCGAGACGGUGAAGACGGCACAUGGCACUCAGGAUUUGGUGCGAAUCCUCAACCCCUGGGGCAACACAGAGUGGGAGGGGCCCUGGAGUGACAUGAAGGGUCCAGAGUGGGACACAGUGAGCGUGGAGGAGCAGAAAAGACUGGACAGGGUCAGACGGGAGGACGGGGAGUUCUGGAUGUCGGUGUCAGACUUCCGACAGAACUUUGAGUUGAUGGAGGUUUGUCACCUGACCGAGACUCUCGGCGAACCGGGCUCCAGCGUGCUGCCGUGGAGCUGCAUAAAGCAUCAUGGGAACUGGGUGCCGUCCAUCACAGCAGGAGGUCCUGCCCAAGGGGGUUCCUUCUGGCAGAACCCUCAGUUCUACUUCAUCCUGUCGGAGGUGGACAGCAACACAGCCGACUCUCGGAAGACCUGCUCCUUCGUUUUGGCUCUGAUGCAGAAACACCAGAGAAGAAGAGGCAUUAACCUGGCUAUAGCCCUGCAUAUAUACCCGGCCCAUCCCCAGGGCACGUACCUGUCGCCUGAGGACUUGCGUGUGCUCCGCCCUGUCCUCUACAGCCCCCAGUACUCCUCACGUCGGGAGGUCGUUCUUCGCGGGUCCCUCCCACCAGGUCGUUACAUCAUCAUCCCUUCAACCGCCGAGCGCAACCAGCAGGGAGCGUUCCUCCUGCGGGUGCUGACGGAGCAGGGCAAUGCCGCCACACCGGCUCACAAACCUGCACCAGAAGAUGUAACAGAGCAUUCAUUGUCUCACCAGGCUGCUCUUCCCUCUCCUAAAUCCAUCGUGCAGCUGUUUAAGAAGCACUGCAACAAGAAGGGGUUUUGCAAACCGGUUCACCUGCACAGCCUGCUGACUGAGGCCAUACAGGGAGGAGUUUUGGCCGGCAGUGAGAAGUACUUGGCUCUGGAGCACUGCAAGAGCAUGGUGGUCCUCAUGGAUGGUCAAGGCAUCGCUCAGCUGAACUGGCCAGAGUUUCAGAGUCUGUGGGACAAGAUCAGGAGGUGGACGGAUAUCUUCCUGGUGUUUGACAAGAACAAAACUCAGCACCUGGAGUAUCAGGAGGUCACCCCCGCUCUGAAGGCAGCAGGCAUCAUGGUGGAUGAUUUGAUAAUGCAGCUGGUUGGACUGAGAUACACGGAGCCGGACAUGACCAUCAGUUACCCGGGCUUCCUGUACCUGCUGAUGAAACUGGAGAGCAUGAUCCACAAAUUUCAAGCGUACGACAUGGCGGGAAUGGGAGCUGUGACUGUCAGCUUCAGACAGUGGCUCCACAUGACCAUGUACAACUGAACUGACCUGGUCCACUGAGACGGAUUCAUCAGGAUUUGCUGUGGCACAAAGGCUAAAAAGCGGGCUAAUCAUGGCUCGUAAACAUCCACAAAAAAGUUUGGUUUCAUCCUCGACCAGAGAAUCUGCAGAUUAACUCCAUACCUGAUAUGUUAUGAUCCACUAAAGUGAGGCACAAUAACUGAUGAAUUAAUCCCUGUUUCUGGUAUCUUCAACGCCAUCCUGACUGUAAACCUGCAGGAGAUCUGCGCUCUUCUCGUUCAGUCUGUUCCCGCUCUUCUGGUUUUCAUACAUUAUUUUAAUGUGCGCAUGAAAAAUGUUCAUGUUUCAGAGGUAUGAAAGUAGACGCACAGAAGAGCUCAAUGAUUCACUGCAAAAAAGGGUAGCCCAAAUAUAAGAUAUAAACACUAAAUUUGAGAAGAAAAUUACUUAAAACUAGUGUCUGUCCCUGCAGCAAGUAAAUUUUACUUGAUAAGAAGUCUUGAAAUAAGACUUUUAAAUCCAGAAAUAAGUUAUCAUGGCUAAAAAUAAGCUUUUAAAUCAUGGCAAGUGUCAAAUAAUUAGCAGUGUAGAAACACGUAGCAAACAAAAAACAGGCUUUGUCCUCAGACUUCUUGUGCCAUUUAAUUUUCCUCUCGCUUGUUUCCGUCAUGUAGUCAAACAGUAACCAUGGAAACAUGUUUAAGAACUUUCUUCAGUCAUGGAAUCCUCCAGGGUCAAAGGUCAGAGUAAGACGGGCUGCCAUGAGGAAAAGUGAAGUUUAUGAUUGACUGCGCUGGUGACACUUGAGUAAAGGUCACCUCGCUGUUUUGAUGAACGGGACUUUAAGACGUGGCCUCACACAUAUCGUUUUUUCAGUCUGAAUUAGGGAUGUUAUUCAUUUCUGACAUCCUAUGAAGGAUCACAAGGCUUAAUGUUCGACUGUGCCCCUUCCAGCGGUGGAAAAUAAAUUACUUUAACUACGUCCAACAAUAAAAUCGACUGAUGGUUCUGUGAUUAUAUUCAAUAAUGUUCAAAAUGCCUACAGAAAACAAAUCAAGCAAAGAAAGUGAAAUACUAUAAAACUGUGACUGUUCUAAAGACAUUACAUAUAACAAAGUGUACUGUAUUUCAUUGUGUUUCAUUUGUUGUUAUUUAGGCAUUUUAAACUGAACAUACAUACACAUACAUACAUAUAUUUAGUCGGCUACAGUAAUCAUUUCAUCAUCUUAAAGUUAACACUCAGUGAUUCAUUCGUCCCAAAGGAUAGAUGCUUUGUUCAUGAUUGUAAAAAAUGUGGAAAAAGUGGUUUUGAACUCUCUUGAACUAAUUAUUGGGUUUGUUGGGUUUCAGCAUGUUUUUUUAAAUAAAGAAUGUAGAAUAUAGAAAGUCUGUAAAGUCUCCAGUUUGUUCUACCAGCACCAAUAUUUUCAUUUGGCCUUGAUCUAUUAAAAAACUCUGAAUGUUUUUCAUCUUUUUCUAUCAUGAUUAUAAUUUAUUAAUGUGUCUGUAGAAUGC